GGGGCUUUUAAGUAAAAGUUUAAGGGACUUUCACAUUAAUAAGUUAAAGUGCAGGGGGUUUUCUGCAAAAUAACCCCACAAAUAUUCUUUUUAUAUUAUUAGCGCAGCGGUUUCAAUUCUUCUCAUAAAAACUUCUCCUUUUCUUCUCAUCGAACGCCGGCCUCGUCUCGCCGUCGUUCUUCUCCUCCGUCUCUUCUUCUCGAGAUCUCGUUCCUUUCGAUCGAUCCAUGAUGCAAACGGGACCGGAAGUGGAAGUGGAGGUGCAGCGGAGGCCGAAGACGAAGAUCGUCUGCACGCUUGGCCCUGCGUCGAGGUCGGUGCAGAUGAUUGAGCGGUUGCUUCGGGCUGGGAUGAACGUCGCGCGCUUUAACUUCUCCCAUGGAUCGCAUGAGUAUCAUCAGGAGACGCUUGAUAACCUUCAUGCUGCCAUGGAGAACACCGGCAUCCUCUGCGCGGUUAUGCUUGACACCAAGGGCCCAGAAAUCCGAACAGGUUUCCUGAAAGACAGCAAGCCCAUCCAACUGAAGAAAGGGCAGGAGAUCACUAUCUCAACAGAUUACAGCAUAAAGGGUGAUGAAAACAUGAUCUCCAUGAGUUACAAGAAGUUAGCUGAGGAUGUGCAGCCAGAGAGUGUCAUUCUAUGUGCUGAUGGGACUGUCACAUUAACCGUGCUUUCUUGUGAUAAGGAAAAUGGUUUGGUUUGUUGCCGCUGCGAGAAUUCUGCUACUAUUGGGGAGAGGAAAAACGUCAACCUUCCUGGAGUUAUUGUUGAUCUUCCUACUUUGACCGAGAAAGACAAGGAGGAUAUAAUGAAAUGGGGUGUCCCUAAUAAGAUAGACAUGAUUGCUCUUUCUUUUGUACGCAAAGGUUCAGACCUUGUGGAGGUUAGGAAGCUGCUUGGAGAACAUGCAAAGUCAAUCAUGUUGAUGUCAAAGGUUGAGAAUCAAGAAGGGGUGGCCAAUUUUGAUGACAUUCUAACUAAUUCAGAUGCGUUCAUGGUCGCGAGAGGAGAUCUUGGUAUGGAGAUUCCUAUUGAGAAGAUCUUCUAUGCGCAAAAGGUGAUGAUUUUCAAGUGCAACAUACAAGGGAAGCCUGUUGUCACCGCUACCCAAAUGUUGGAAUCCAUGAUCAAGUCUCCUCGUCCUACCCGGGCAGAAGCCACUGAUGUAGCCAACGCGGUUCUGGAUGGCACUGACUGUGUCAUGCUCAGCGGUGAGACUGCUGCCGGAGCCUAUCCAGAGCUUGCAGUUCAAACCAUGGCUAAAAUCUGCUUAGAAGCAGAAUCUUAUGUGGACUAUAAUUCUGCUUUCAAAGGAAUCAUGGCUUUGGCUCCUGUUCCUAUGAGUCCACUAGAGAGCCUUGCUUCAUCAGCUGUUCGCAUGGCCAACUCGUCCAUGGCAUCACUUAUUUUGGUCCUGACUCGAGGAGGAAGCACAGCCAAACUGGUGGCCAAGUACAGGCCAGCAAUGCCAAUUCUUUCAGUGGUGGUGCCUGAGAUCAAAACAGAUUCUUUUGAUUGGUCAUGUAGUGAUGAAUCGCCAGCGAGACACAGCCUUAUUUUCAGAGGGCUUAUUCCUGCAUUGAGCGCCGGAAGUGCAAGAGCAUCACAUUCUGAGUCGACAGAAGAAGCCCUGGAAUUUGCCAUGCAGCACGGGAAAUCCAUUGGGCUCUGCAAGUCAGGGGAUGCUGUCGUGGCAUUGCACCGUGUAGGGGCUUCAUCCGUGAUCAAGAUUUUGACAGUCAAGUGACAACCAUGCCUAGCCGAAUUUUUUUUUUUCAAGGGGCAAUUUUGUUUAGCAAGUUCUUGCAGUCCCCCAAGUUUUUUGUUUGCUAUUUUGGAGUGUCUGUCACACCCUUUCUUUUGCUUUCAAACCUUAGCACGUUAUGUUUUCUUCAAUGAUGUGAAGAAUUAUAGUUCAGUCAAUUACAUAACAUUUAUUUUAUUGA